AGAGGGCGCAGGUGAAUGCGCCCUUUGUUCAGCCGGGGCCCCAGCAGACCUACAGACGGGCUCUUCUUGGGGCAGCCACCGGGGUACUCCGGGGUCUCCUCUCCGGCACCGCAGCUCCGCGCCCCUCUAUGCCCACCGCUGCCGCAGCUCGGGACACAGGACGUGACUCCGGCUCGCACCCCACCGCCGAGGAGGGGAGCGGGAUGGGUGCGGAAGGCGGGGCCGGGAGGGGAGGUGCAGGCUGCGGCCAGGCCCCCCGCUCCGCUCCCCUCCUUAGAGUCCGGCGAGCGCUCUGCCUCUGACCUAAGCCCGCCUUCCCCGACAGAGCCGCGCCGCGGCCGGGCACCGGUCCCCGCACCGCUGCCGCUAGGGGCUGCCCCCCUGCCGAGCCGAAGUCUGACUGCGCCGCCGGCCCCUGCGGGGGGCACUUGGGCCUCCGGCAGGGAGAAGACACUGCGGGACGAGGGAAUUUCUGUAAUGGAGAUGAAGGAAAGUGAUAAACAUGCCAUUGAUCAGAAUGCAAGUGAGAACAUCAUGCCGAGAAGAAAUACAGGAAACUUUGGCAACCUGAAUGUGGAUAUGCAAGUCACCAAUCCAUCAGAAGCAGCUGCACUUUUUAAUUUACAUCGAGCACACCAUUUCAGUGAGUUUGAACACUCUUCAGAACGACACUGCAAGCAGGAUCUGUUCCCCAAGUGGCACUUACCAAUGAAGAUAGCAUCCGUGCUCAUAUUAUUAACAUUUAUUUACACUUCUGUGAGAGAUGUCAUAUAUCCUUUUAUAACAAAAAAGGAAAAUGUUUUCUAUAAAGUUCCGAUCCUUGUCAUAAACAAGGUUUUACCAGUGGUUUCAAUUACCCUUUUAGCACUAGUAUAUUUACCAGGAAUAUUAGCUGCUGGUUUCCAGUUGUACUUUGGCACCAAGUAUAAAAGGUUUCCUCAGUGGCUAGAUAGAUGGAUGUUAUCAAGAAAGCAAUUUGGACUUCUCAGUUUCUUCUUCGCUGCAAUGCACGCCUGCUAUAGCCUAUGCUAUCCAAUGAGAAGAUCAUACAGAUACAAGCUGCUGAACUGGGCAUUCCAGCAGGUAAAACAAAAAAAAGAAAAUGCCUGGAUUGAACAUGAUGUUUGGAGAAUGGAGAUUUAUGUGUCUCUAGGAAUUCUGGGACUUGCUUUGCUGGCCUUGUUGGCAAUAACAUCAAUUCCAUCUGUUAGUCACUCUUUGACCUGGAGAGAAUUCCACUACAUUCAGAGCAAGAUGGGAUAUUUAGCUCUGCUGCUAUGCACUGUUCACGCACUGGUGUUUGCUUGGAAUAAGUGGGUUGAUGUUAAUCAAUUUAUUUGGUAUACACCACCUUCAUUUAUGGUAGCAGUUAUACUUCCUAUUGUAGUUCUGCUUUGCAAAUGCAUACUACUCCUCCCAUGUUUUAGGAAAAAGAUAAAAAAGAUCAGAUGUGGCUGGGAAGAUAACACACAAACCAAUCAAACCAGUGUAACUUCCAGACUGUAGCUUAAAUAUGGACAUUUCCUUUCUAUGUAUGAAAAUCUGCUCAAGGCCAUGAAAUGUUCACCCGCAAGCUCUGUUUUCACAUUUCCCAUAGCCGUUUCUUUCUCAUUUUUCACUUCAACUUCAGGAGUAUGCAGUUUGAACUUUUUCUAAGACAAAAAGUGGAAACAUUCAUUUUACACUCUAUUCAUUGUUACGGUAUCGGAUCAUUUAUUUCUUCUGACUCACACCUUGCAAAAUCCAAGGUCUUCAUUGUCUCAAUCCUAAUUCUUUCAAAGGCAAAAAAAAAAAUCAUAAAGCGUUGUUACAGAUGACCCCAUAAAGUCAAUAAAUAAUUACACCACAAAACCCAGGAAUGCUUCCCCCCGCCGUGUUUGUUUGUUCCUUCAUUAAAUCUCAAAAUUACAGUGGGACAACCACUAGAGUAUUUAUCAUCCCAUUCCCCCUUAUUGCCUGCAUCCUGUGUUUUAUUCUGCAGAAUGGGGACCUUGGCACAUGAAGCAGAAAGAAGCUGUGUAUUCCCAACAGGCCUUGAAUUUAGGCAAUUGGGCAAGCAGAAUUGCAGGGAGCUUUACAAGGUAAAUCUCUCCUGAGGCUUGGGCACAGUCUAAAAAAAGAUGGAGAUCUGAGACUAAAAACUGGGUGUGUCUGUUUACUUAAAACGAUAAAACAUUUUCCAUUUUUUAUUCCAUGAACACGUCCUUUUGUUUCUGAUGCUGGAAAUUUUCCAUGCUUUUGACCUAAGCCUCCAGUACUUGCCAUGUGCUAAGCUUUAUUUGCACAAAUUAUUCCAGUGGGAUAACUCACGUCAGGUAAAUGUAUUUUACUUUUUACUCUAGGGAGAGCACAAUUGUGUGACUGGAAGAAAAACAUUAAAAAUAGACAUUUGAAUUUUGACAUUGAUUUGGUGAGAUUUUCAUGUAAAGGGCUUUCUGAAUGCACUUGCUUUUACAAGAAUUUUCAUAUAAACUAUUUAAACUUCACUUUCCUUAUGUUGCAUAGGUCUGGCUGAAAGUUUUAAAUGAAUAAUUCAUUUCAUAGUAUCUGUUUUUUAUGCCGUUUAUGUUAUGCAGUAGUUAGUAUUUUCACUCAGCAUCAGGAGCAUUUCUACCACUCUCCUUGAAUGAGUUGACUAAGACAUGGGCUGAUGAUGCCACCUGUUGCUGGGAUCAUCUGAAUGAUGAUUGUAAUUGGUAAUGGCUCCAGUAAUAAAACAAACAGCAAAACAAUGUACAUAUUAAAAAAAAUAUAUAAUAUAUGGUGCUAAUGAUUCUGCAGCUAAUGAUUCUGUUGUACAUUUGUGGACUUGGUACACUGACCAUAAACAGCAGACAAAUUAAGUAGCUACAGGGAUACCACAUUUUGUAUUUUCCUGGUUAUAACUCCAUUCAACUUAAAAGUUGGCUAUGUUAUUUGCACUUAAUGUACUACUGUAAAAAUAAGUUGGGACAUGGUGGCCUGUAGAGACUGAAAUGAGUGUCAUUGUGUAUCAAAUCAGUAAUGCAUGACAGAAGCAAACACUCUGUAAAACACAGGAAGCUAGUCUGCAAUGUGAAUCUAAGAAAUUUCUAACAGAACAGGAAAAGUGUGGUUGUCAAUGCACUAGAAUUUAUGUUUGUAGAAAUAAAAUAAAUAUUUAGAAGCCA